CGCCAGCGGCCCCAUCGCUCAAACCGUGUCUGCAAGGGAGCCGUCCGGCGCGGUCUGGUGCCAGCUUCCCUCACGCCAUGGCCGAGGCCCUUUAAAUCGUUAGAGAUGUCGGGACUCGUGAACUCGUGAGCCGUCUUGCCGGGUUGCAAAAACACAGCCCGAGACGGCAGGUGUCAACAAGUGACAGCGGCUGGGACCGACAGGGCCCCUCAGGCAUUCCUACCCCAGCCCCCAGACCUGGCUUGGAACAAUGUCAAGUCAAUGCACAUCCAACAUUGGAAGCUGCUUCCGGUAGUAGCCUAAUGCAAUUCCUGCAAAAUACUCUUGGGCUUGUGUUCACCAAUGGAUGGAGAUGAAAUCAUGUAAGUGCCUGCUAAUCUUGCAGUGCCAUGGAUGCAGGGUCUCAUCUGCACAUGGUUGGCCUUUUGUCAUCAACCUGAGAGGAGCAUCUACAGUGUCAGAGCAGACACUGGACCAGGAAAGAAAACCAGGUUUCUAUGGCUCAAAUAUUGCAGCGUGGACCGCAAGGCAGGCUGACUGACUGACUGACUGACUAAGUGCGUGGGUUGUUCACUGACUGGAGCUGUGGCUAUCUGAGGACUCUGAGGACACAAAGCCCGGGGCAGAUACCGGCCGGGUGGUGGAGCCAGAUGAUGGGGGAGACGGCAGAAUACCAGAGGCUGCAGGAGACUUCAGAGCCUGACUACCAACGCCUGCCCAGCGAUGACGAAGAGAAACUGGGCAGUAGCAUGCAGUGUGAGGAAGGCACAGAAUGGCUGCUGGAGCUGCUGAUGGAGGUUCAGUUGCAGCAGUACUUCCUACGGAUCCGAGACGACCUUAACGUCACGCGGCUGUCGCACUUCGACUAUGUCAAGAAUGAAGAUCUGGAGAAGAUUGGCAUGGGUCGACCUGGGCAGAGACGACUGUGGGAAGCUGUGAAAAGGAGGAAGGCCAUGUGCAAGCGCAAGUCCUGGAUGAGCAAGGUGUUUAGCGGUAAGCGUCCAGAUGGAGGAGACUUCCCCCAGCAGGGCCAGCUGGCCUCCUCCUUUCGAAAGCUGUCUCCCACACCUCCCCUGGGCCUGGUGGAAGGAGUCCUGGCUACACAGCCUGGUGGUGGUGCUCACCUUGAUGGGCAGCAGCAAGCUCUGACUUGCCUCAUCCCUGAGAAGGACUUGACAUUGUUUGAGAAGCUUGGGGACGGCUCCUUUGGGGUCGUGAAGAGAGGAGAGUGGCUGACACCUGCAGGGAAGGUGCUGAACGUAGCUGUGAAGUGUCUGAAGACAGAUGUGCUCAGCCAGCCCGACGCUCUGGAAGAUUUCAUCUGUGAGGUCAACGCCAUGCACUCCCUGGACCACCAGAACCUCAUUCGCCUCUAUGGUGUGGUGCUCACACACCCAAUGAAGAUGGUGACGGAGCUGGCUCCUCUGGGUUCUCUGCUGGAGCGUUUGCGAUGUGUUCGUCCACAGGGUCCAGUGUUGAUCCACACCCUGUGUCAGUAUGCUGUACAGGUGGCCUGUGGCAUGGCCUACCUGGAGCAGAGGAGGUUCAUCCACAGGGACCUGGCUGCCAGGAACAUCCUGUUGGCUUCAGCGCACAGAGUGAAGAUCGGUGACUUUGGGUUGAUGAGGGCGCUGCCUAACAACCAUGAGCACUAUGUCAUGCAGGAGCAUCGCAAGGUCCCCUUUGCAUGGUGUGCCCCAGAGAGUCUGAAGACCAGAACGUUUUCCCAUGCUACAGAUACAUGGAUGUUUGGAGUCACUCUCUGGGAGAUGUUCACACAUGGUCAGGAGCCUUGGCUGGGUCUUAAUGGGAGCCAGAUCCUGCACAAGAUUGAUAAAGAAUGUGAACGCCUCCCUAAGCCAGAGGACUGUCCGCAGGAUAUCUAUAAUGUCAUGCUGCAGUGUUGGGCACAGAAACCAGAUGACAGACCUACUUUUGUCGCCCUGAGAGAGUUCCUGCUUGAGACCAUGCCGACAGACAUGUGUGCUCUGCAGGACUUUGACGAGCCUGACAAACUACAGAUCCAGGUCAAUGAUAUAAUCACCAUCAUCGAGGGAAGGGCAGAGAACUACUGGUGGCGAGGUCAAAACAAGCGUACCCUUAAGGUUGGACAGUUCCCCAGAAAUGUGGUGACAUCUGUAGCGGGUUUGUCAGCUCAUGACAUCAGUCGGCCACUCAAGAACAGCUUCAUCCACACAGGACACGGAGACACCAACCCUCACCGCUGCUGGGGCUUCCCUGACAGGAUUGACGACUUGUACCUUGGGAAUCCCAUGGAUCCUCCUGAUGUUCUGGGUCUAGACCUCAGUGCUACUCGGCCCACACAGCUACCAGGGCGAGCUAAAAAGCCUUGCUACGAUCCAGUGAACGACGAUGAGGAUCUGACCUCUACAGGAUUAAAGAGAUUAUCACUUCGGAAAACAAGUUCUGUCAAAGGCUUAAAACUUAAACCUCCUGUGUGGGUCUCUGCUUCCAAACAGGGGAGUAGCCGCACUUCAGGCUCAGGCUACAACCCCAAUAGCGAAGUUUCCCUCAUUGACUUUGGGGAGGAGUUCCCGCCAUCCACACCCUCCCCCUCACCCGUGGUUGAAAGUCAGAUCCCCUUACUGGCGAGGCUGGCUUUGGAAGCAGAGAACAUCCUGGACCGGACUCCUCCUCAGAGUCCAUCUAGAUCGUUGCCCCGCCCCCUUCACCCCACACCAGUAGUGGACUGGGAUGCACGGCCAUUACCCCCACCCCCAGCCUAUGAUGAUGUAGCCCAAGAUGAAGAUGAUAUGGAGGUGAGUUCCAUCAACAGCUCGGAGCAGCAGCAUGAAGAGGAGCAGAGUGAUGUCCGUAUCCCAGACGAAGCUGACGAGGCACUAUCCUCUGGACAGAAGGUGCAGGUUGAGGCUCCUGGCCCCAGGGGUCCAGAAAGACCAGGCCUGGAGGAUAACCUCUUUCUCCCUAGCAAGCAGAGCCAGGGCCUGUCCACAUCUUUCUCCCAGUCUUCAGAAAUCUUCCAAGAGCUCCAGCAAGAGUGUAUGAGGAGGCUCAACGUACCGACGGGAAGCACUGCUCGGUCAAGCUCGCCAUCCCAGACCUCAGUUUCAUUUCCCCAGACUCCUCAGACCCUUCAGACUCAGGAGGGACACCAGCAGAGUGUCCUCUCCUCCAAUGAAGACAAACCCCAGAUCCCCCCACGUGUCCCCAUUCCCCCUCGCCCUAUAAAGAGGGGCGAUUACACAUCUGCUCGCUGGUCAAGGGAUCUCUCUCUGUCCCCGACUCCAGCAGACACCACAGAGGAUGUUUCAGGCCCAGACCAUAACAGACCACCUCAGAUCCCUCCAAGGGACCCUUUGUCCCAGCCGAGUUCCAGGACUCCUAGCCCCAUGGGCCUGGUAGUGGGCUCCCCUCAGCAGAGAGUUUACUCUGUAAGCCCCACCACCAUUCAGGCUCCCCUCAUCUCCUGCCCCCCCACACACACCUACAGCUCCUACCUCUCCACCUCUCCAGGUAAACUCAUGCCUACCACACACAUCUUUGCCUCAGAUCCUAAAUAUGCUGCACCCAAAGUGAUCCAUGCCCAGGCCCAGGGUAAGGACCCCGCCAAUAAGGGCCCCUGUAUCCUCCCCAUUGUACGUGAUGGACGUAAAGUCAGUAACACCCACUAUUACCUUCUGCCGGAGAGACCGCCAUACCUUGACCGAUACGACCGCUUCCUCAGGGAGGCAGAGAACCUUCCCGCCAGCGGUGUCGAAGAGAGGCAUGUACGGCAAGCUAACACUGCCACUGUCAGACCCAUGGUGGUCAGCAGCCAGGCUGUCCAGGGACAUGCCCAGGGACAGGGCAUCAUCCAGCCAGGCGAGCUGAAGGCUAAUUUCUCCUCCAACAAUAACAGCAGUCUAGGAGGACCACGGUCAGGGAUGAAGACAUCAGUUAGUCUCCCUCGUGUCUGUUCAGACGGGCUGACAGUACCGGUGGUCACUGCUUCCUGUACCAGGACAGAUGGAGGCGGGAACUCAGCUGACAGGAUCAAAAUGGUGCAGGAGGCAGUUCAUGGUGUGACUAUAGAGGAGUGCCAAGCUGCCCUCCAGAACCACAACUGGAAUGUCCAGAAAGCUGUGCAUUACUUAAAGGUGGAGCAGUUGUUCUGCUUGGGUCUGAGGAGCAGGUCAGAGUGUCUACAACUGCUGGAGAUGUGUGACUGGAACCUGGAGGUGGCCAGCACUCAGAUGUUGGAUAACUAUGGAUCUACAACAAGACAGAGACGGUGACAGAAAUCUCAAGGUGCUGAGCACUGAUUGGAACGUCAUCCUCAGUAAAACAUCAUCAGAGGAGGUGAAUCUACUCCUGACCCUCUCUGUUUGAUGCCUCAGUCACACCUUCAUACUGUAAUUUGAGUAUGGAAGAAUCAAGCACAUUUUCACUGAACUAGCACAAAGUACCAAACUUCAUAAUGGCAUAAUUCAUAUUUACUAUGGAUACAGGAAUUUAGCCUGCAGGCAAAAAAAGAAAACAUUGGGUCAUAGUUUGUCUGAAAGAUUUUUAAUUGUUGCACUUGUAUGUUCAGGACCAUUGGGCCAGCCCAAAAUAAGUCACUCAAACAGAUCCAUCACAGAUUCUGGGUGCUACCAUACUGUCAGAUCCUCUCACUGGUAUCAUCACUGCCACAGUUACACUGUUGAAUAACUACAGAGAGACGCUUUAAUCUUUUCUUUUGUUAAUGUCAAUAAACAGUCAGCUUGAAAGAGAAUCUGAAGAGGACAGAAAGAGAUGACUAGCACAAUAUACCCAAUGGCCCCUUUCCAAAAAAGUAUUGUGUCAGAAUAUAUCAGCAACUUGUACAGGUUGAUUGAAAAUUGGCAUCUCAUUUGGUGAUCACUGUCAGAAUUGAACCUAAAUCGUGUACAGUGUAUGUACAUGUAGGUCAUUAAAGGUUAACACCCUGUUUUGCAUCUGCAGGAUUUGCAGCGCCAAUUGAAGCAAUUGUUUUUAAGAGCAGUUAAAAAUAAAUGAUAUUGUACCUCUACAACAUCCAUGCACAGCAAAAUACACAGCUAAUAUUUAUCUGGCUUUCCAGGCUACAAUGCCCAGGAAAUCAUUUUGCCUGUUGACUGUUAUUAAGAGUUGUGGGGAUUUGAUUAUCAAGACUGUGUCCUGCCGAAACCCUGUGGAGUCAAGUAGAUACGUGUCUUUUAUAGUUUAGUGAGGGAAGUUAGUAUCAAUGCAGUGCUGCACAUUCUGAGUCAAAGGUCGAACCAGUGCGGUGUUGACUUGAGACAAGAGAAUUAACGGAAACAGAAGAUCAGAGAAGCAGUUUGUCCAAGGCCGACUUCUUUUAAGACCUACAAAACUGUCUAAUUUAUAUUCAAGGCUAUAAACAGUAUACCCUUUAUAAAGAGACAUUUAUGUAUUUGUGAACAAAAUAAAGGUUUUUUAUUUUAAUAUAUUUUUAACACAGUGCUUAAGGGCAAGAGAAGGCUGCCACAUCCAUUACUGGGCAGGCCAUUUUUAAAAUAAACUUACCGUGUCCCACCUUAAGUUUCUGUA